AUGGUGUUGAACAGCAAUGCAACAACAAUGCUUUCGACCACAAGUUUCCCGAGCUCCACAGAAGAAUUGUAUGCUGACGAUUUACCUUCCUGGCUUCACGCUCUUGCUUUUAUCACUUAUGUUGUACUUUUUGUUUUUGCUUUCGUCGUGGACUCAGCUAUACUAUUCGUGUUUUGGCGAGCGAAAGAACUACGAAAUAUUACCAAUAACUUGCUUUGCAACAUGGUUGCAGCGGACUUGCUUUUUGCUUUGCAGACUCCCUUGGAAGGAGUGUCCAUUUUCAAGGACGUUUGGGAAUCGGGGGAUGGCCUUUGCAAAGUCCAUCGUUAUGUGCUGCAUGUAUUUUACUACGUCGUUAUAAUAAGCUUGACCAUUGUUAGCAUUGAGAGAUACUUAGCAAUAUGUCAACCCAUACGAUUCAAGGGCCACGAAGCUAAAUUCAAAUGUGGGAGACUCAUCUUUCUAGCGUGGAUUACGUCGUUAAUCUUGUCGCUACCACAACUUUUUCUCAGUUCCGUCGAAAUGUCCCACCGGGGCCAGCAAGUAUGCAUGCAGAGCCGCCCAGAUGACUACUUGCCAGUUUUUCUGGCUUAUCACGUACCCAAGUUCAUUUUGUUGUACUUUGUUCCUCUUGUGAUCUUGAUUUUUACGUACGCGAAAGUUUCGAAGAAACUCUCCGACGUUGUAGGGAGAUAUCGUGAGAGAUCACGAUUCGAUAUUUGUAUCGUCAUGAAAAUGCGGCGUAGUAUCAUCCGGAUGCUUCUAGUUGUAGUGAUAGUGUUCUUCGUCUGUCUAACUCCUUUUACGGUUAUUGAACUGUUGCAUGUUGUACCUCUUAUGAAAUCUUACGACCCCUUUGGUAUUCUUAUGGUUUGUGUAGACUUGUUAGCCUUCCUGCACGCCGUGUUAAAUCCUGUAGUAAGCUCUUUCCUGAGCAAGGAAUUCAGGAACGCUGCAAAAAGAGCUUUUAACUGUCCAAAAAAGUUUGAUUUGUGCAACAACAAAAGAAAAAGCAAGAAGAACAAUAAAAAUUGCAAGCUAAAACAAAUGGAGCAGAACCAUGGAAUGAACGAAGGCAAAGUGUGGCGUAAUCACGACAACUUAUCCACCAAAUCUUCGAGUGACUUUAACCACGGCAGUGAAGGUGUAGUUAAUGAAGGAGUGACCUUGUCUUUUGAGACACUAACUGAGACGACUGAUUUACCAAAGGAAGACGAUUAA